GGAUUCUAAAGAAAAAAUUUAUUUCAAUGGUAUGAGACAAAGUCUUUAGAGAGAGAGAGAGAGAGAGCGCUUUUUGUUGGGUUCUUUGCCGAAGAAUUUUCAUUUACAGUGAGCAAAAGAGUGGUAAAGAAAGAUCUCAAAUAUGUUUAAUGGAGCGCCAGACCAGUUCCACGAGUUCAUAGCUUCGAGAGCAGCUCUCACAUUCCCUCUUCCACUCACUCUACCUCUCCAUGUCUCUCCUCCUUACUUCUCCGGUUUGGAUCCCUCCCCUCCUCAGCACCAAGUAUUCCAGUCUCAUUCCCUCCUCCUUCACCAAUUGCACCGACAGUCCCCGUCGGUCGAAAAUGAUGAACAGGAAGAAGAAAGGGAGAUGGAUCGAACCAUGCAACUUCAAGGACUGAAAUCGACAUCUAAACUGAUAGAUCCAUGGACGGAAGAGGAAAUACUUGCACUGUUGAGGGCCAGAUCUAGCAUCGAGACUGGGUUUUCAGACUUCAUUUGGGAACAUGUUUCAAGGAAGCUUGCAGAGCUUGGAUUCAGAAGGAGUCCUGACAAAUGCAAGGAGAAAUUUGAAGAGCUUAACAGUCUGUGCAACAACAACAACAACAAUAGCAGUUACACUGAUAACUAUAGGUCCUUCGAUGAACUUGAAGCCGUCUAUGAAGGUGAAAACCCUAAGACAUCAGCUGAGAUGGAAAUAACUAGCGAAGGAGGUGGGAAGGUGACAAUGAAUUUGGAGGACAAUUCAGGUACAGAAACCUUGGUGAACCCACCUGUCGAAAACAAAUACGUGGUCAAGAAAUCAAAAGUAAAGAAGAGAAGAAGGUCUCAUAAGUUCGAAUUGCUGAAGAACUUCUGUGAAGAAAUUGUAAACAAGAUCAUGGCCCAACAAGAAGAGCUGCAGAGCAAGCUCCUGGAAGGCAUGGAAAGACGAGAGGAGGAAAGAUUUGCUAGAGAAGAAGCAUGGAGGAAGCAAGAAAUGGUUAGGAUUAACAGGGAGAUUGAAAUUAGGCAACAUGAGCAAGCCGUUGCACGCGAUAGAGAAGCUACCAUCAUUGAGCUCCUGAAGAAAUUCACAACAGGUCCAUCUCAUCAGAACCUUAGUCUCUUAAACGAAGAUCUUUAUAAGACAACAAACAAGCAGAACAGACUCACUUCGCCUUCAUCAUCAAGUCCAGCACAGAUAUCAGAAGAAUCGACCCAGUUCAACCUUAAAGAGAUCAGUUCAUCUACUAACCCAAAUCUACCUUCUUCGUCUUCUCAAGUACCAGUACCCCAAAACCACCCAGACUCCAGUGUCUGUCAGACCAAUCCAAUAGUACCCUCUUCUUCUACUCUAGCAAUGGGUCCCCAAAACCCUAAUUCCAAAACGAGCCAAAACAAUACAGUACUACCCACUUCAUCGACUGCAGUUCUGCCCCAUCAAAACCCUAAUUCGACAUCCAGUGAUAGAGAAGAUCAUGGCAAGAGAUGGCCAAGAGAUGAAGUGAACUCACUGAUAAACCUGAGGUGCAACCUCUACAGCAGCAUUGAAGAUAAGGAGGGAGCAAAGGUUCCUUUAUGGGAGAGAAUCUCACAAGGAAUGUUGGAGUUGGGUUACAAGAGGAGUGCGAAGAAGUGCAAAGAGAAAUGGGAGAACAUAAACAAGUACUUCAGGAAAACCAAAGGUGCAAACAAGAAGCGGUCUCCUGACUCAAAAACAUGUCCUUACUUCCAUCAACUGAGAAGUUUGUACAACCAAGGCACACUCAUUGUACCCUCUGGAGGACCUGAAAACCAUUCCAGUUCUCCAGAAAAUCGAUUGGGAUCGCCGGAAACCCGCUUCCGGUCCUCUCAGUGUGGUUUUAAUGAAGCAACUAUGCAUGAUGAUGAAGGUGAGAGGAACCAGCAGCUGGGUCAAGUACCCGCCUUAGAUUUUGAAUACUAAACAGAUGCACAUUCAUGUAAGCACAAAUGAAGUAUUGCGAUUUGCGACAACACAAUCCCUGAUUGAUAUCUGUUCAAGGUGGGGGUCCAUCACAUGACAAUGUUUACAGAGAUGUAGGUACGUGUAUGGCCAAUGCAAAGAUAAUUCCAAAACAUGAAGGGACGAUUUUUCGUCCAAACUCGGUUUGGUUAUAUGGAGGGACGGUCCAGAUGCAUCUGUACAGUAUUCAAAGUCAAGGAUUCAAACAUUGGCAUCGUACUUGUUGGCUUUCUAAUAAAUCCUUUGUGUGAGACAAGAGAAUAAUGUGCUUUCACUGCUUUCAUGCCAUGCAGAGAGAGGAGAGGACUUUUGAGUUAAGACCACUCGUUGGUUGGUUGCUUCCUUCUUAUUAAGUGGCUGAUGCUGAGAAGUCAAUGUGAUUAGGUAAUAACAUCCAUCACAAAGCUAGUCGUCGUACUGUGUCGGUUUCAAUCUUCUUUUCCAGGUACAUACAUGGUUUGGUUGGGCCCUACUAGAGCAAGAAUUGGGGACCACCCAUUUGAUCUAAAUUAACGAUACCUUGAAAUAGACGGCUGAUGUGAUGACCCACAAUGCAUGCUUAUCCAGGUGAUCAAUCCAUUUCUUCCUCUCUGUGUGUUUACGCUUUAAUUUUAUUUUAUUUAUGGAAUUAUGGGAGAGAGGAGUUCCGGAGUUAAAUCGGUUCCAGACUUCCAGUUCCAAUUCCACCACCCUCCUCAAAAUCAGUGAAGUAGUUCUCUCCCCCAAGUCCCAACCAAAACAAAGAGUUGGCUUUGUCUCACACGUCUGCUGUAUGAGCUUAAUUCUGUUUCUUACUUUCUUCCUAGUGAGUGACCAAUGGGAUGGUCAUGGUCCCACCCCACCAUAUCUAUGGGUGGUCUACACCAGAUUAUAAGAGAAGAGCAAACUUAUCUCUGAUCAAGAAAUGCUAGCUACACUCCAACUUUGACUCAACUGUGGACUACUCUGUUUCUUCUUCAAUUCAUCACAGUGAUAUCUUCCUUCUUUGAUAUGUGCAGACAUACGGCCGGACUUGACUGGUAAUUCACAUUUUCAAAUGUAUUUCCAUCCCACUCCAAACUCCAAAGACUCCAAACACAGCCCAAGAAAAUUACCCAAACAACCCCCCUUAACAAAUGUGUUGUGCAAGGAGUAGUUGAUCUGAGUCAUUCACUGACCCUCUUCCAUCUUCCAUGGGUUUCCACUCGUAAGACUGGACCAUUGAUAAAACCCCACAUCAGCUCUUACACGCGCAUCUCACGUGAUGAACUUUUGGUACGAAAGUGGGAUCCACUCUUAUAAGGACAUUAAUGCCCCCUCACAUGCAUUGGAAUUGAUGUAGGCCCCUUUUUUUUAUUGUCUACUAGUGAGCUCGGUUGUUUAAAUGAGAUGCAUCGAGUAAGCAGACAAAUGUGGGGCUGUCACAAUAAAAUGAGGCAGGCCAAGAGCUUAUGU